UCUCUCCCCUCUCUCUCGUUUUCCUCAUUAUCUCUCAAACUCAUGCCGUCGGAAUCAACCCAGACCCGACCCGGAAGAGUUCAGGGCUCAACGGCGGCGUACCCACCGCCGAAUCUUGCAGAGCCUCUGUCUUGUCCUCGCUGCAACUCCAUCAACACCAAGUUCUGUUACUACAACAACUACAACCUCUUGCAGCCUCGUUACUUCUGCAAAUCUUGCCGCCGUUACUGGACUCAAGGUGGUACACUCCGCGACGUCCCCAUCGGCGGUGGAACUCGCCGGAGCUCUUCCAAACGCAACCGCUCUUUCUCCGCCUCCUCCGCCACUACUGCUUCUUCCUCCUCUUCUUGCUCUUCUUCCGUCGUCACCACAACGACUCACGAGUCGGAACCGGUGGUAAAGCAAGGAACCGCCACGACGGAGGGUAGUAAUGUAAUUUCAGGUUACGGAAGCUUCGCGUCUCUGUUGGGUGGGCAGGGCGAAGGAGCGUUUUUGGCUUUGGGAAACGGGUUGGAUUACGGGUUCGGGUUCGGGUACGGGUUGGAGGAGAUGAGUAUUGGGUAUCUUGGAGGAGGAGGAGGCGCUGGAGGAGAGAUUCCGGUGGUGGAUGGUGGUGACACGUGGCAGAUCGGGGGUACUGAAGGCAAAAGUGGGGACAGUUUGAUUUGGCCUGGUCUUGAGAUCUCAAUUCAAGGCAACGAUGUUAAGUAAAGAAGAAAACCGUUUCUUGAUUCUUGUUGUCUUCUUCCUCUGUUUUCUGUUUUUGGUUUGUUUCUUUUUGGAAUUUUCUGUUUGUUUUUUUCCAAGUGGGAUGGGAUAGAGUCAUAGAGAGAAGAGCAAAGAACCCAAAGAAGCAAAUUAAACAGAUAAGAAAAUGUAUUUUUUUUUACUUUUUAAGGUCCAACAA